AUACAGCAAUGUUGAUAACACCGGACAGGCAUCAACAACUGCUCUGAGGAUAUAUAGUAACCAUGUGUUUGCAAUGUACUAGUUAAGGAACAUCAAGUCUUGAUUAUCAACUACUUAAAUUUGUCUGCUGGAAACUGCGGUUUAAUUACAUAAUUUGUCAAAGUGAUAAAAAAAAAAAGAGUCAUUACGGUUAACCAUCACAAGUUCUUCCCACAGGCAUAACAGCAGAGUUUCAUAGCCAUGUGGCGACUAUGGACAACACCAGCUCCUCAGACUUUGAUUGAAGAAUGGAGGAAAAUACCGUGGGGAAAUAAAGUCAAAGACCUGCAGUUUGUGAAGGAUUAUCAGCCUCACAACACAGAAGUCCAACGUCUCAGAGUUCUGCUUCAUGGACCUGUUGGUGCUGGCAAGUCCAGCUUCAUCAACUCUGUCGAAAGUGUUUUACAAGGAAGAAUUACUGGUCGAGCUUUGGCGGAUGCAACCUCUGAAGAGAAAUUCACCGCAAAACACAUAACUUACAAAUUCCAAAAAGGAGAACCAGGGACCUUUUACCCUUUUUCCAUCACUGACCUCAUGGGCCUUGAGCAGCAAGCUGGUAGAGGAGUUUCUGUGGAAGACAUCAAACUGGCCAUGAAGGGGCACAUAAAAGAUGGUUACAAUUUCGAUCCUCGCUCUACAAUAUCAGAGGAUAAUCAACACUACAACCAGAACCCCAAGCUACAGGACCAAGUUCAUGUUCUGGUUUGUGUCAUCGAUGCCAGAAUAUUAAGUAUACUAAGUGUUGAAUCUCUGGGAAAGAUGAGGGAAGUCCGACUUGCAGCUGCAGCCAUGGGGAUUCCCCAACUGGCGAUCCUCACCAAAAUUGAUGAAGCCUGUCCAGAGGUCAAAAACAAUAUAAAGAAUGUGAAUAAGAGCAAGAGCCUGAAGGAACGGAUAGACAGCUUGAGUGUUGGGCUGGGCCUUACACAGAACUGCAUCUUUCCCGUGAAGAACUACCACUCAGAGAUGGAAACAGAGGAUGAGAUUGAUACCCUGAUACUGAUUGCACUGAAACAGAUAAUUCACUCUGGAGAAGACUAUGUCAACCACCUGUAGACCUACAAAUCGCUGUGGCAAAUCUUGCUCUAUCUCAGCGUGAUAGAGCAUUCUUUACAUUUGCCCUAAUUCACUCUGGAGAAGACUAUGUCAACCACCUCUAUC